CAUACACAUACAUGCAUGCAUACAAAUCUAUGUGCAUUCAGCUUUUCGCUGGACCAAAUAACAGGUGUUGUAGCAGUGAGCAAUUGUCCAACACCUGGAAAAAGCCCAUGUUUGGAUUAUGAAGUGAAGCAACAAUAUAACCUCACUGUGUUAAUUGUGGAUAACAAAAAUGACCCAAGCAAUCUCCAGAAGAAGCAGGUGGAGUUGAUCAUCAAUUUGCAGGAUGCUAAUGAUAAUGCCCCUAUAUUCUCUGAGUCUGUGUAUUAUGGAAAAAUAUUAGAAGGAAAUACCAAUCUGCUCAAUGAUGUUCUUCUUAAUCAAGUAACUGAUCCAGAUACAGUGGGUCGCCUACAGUUCUCUAUAACAAAACAGGAUGUAAGUGGAUUGUUUGUAAUUAAUAAAGACACUGGUAAACUGACAGCAACUCGGCCAGUCAGUCUCACUGAUGCAAGAAAUGAUGCUUACAAUGAUAUUGAAGUGACUGUUAGUGAUGGUGCUAAAACUGCCUUGGCAACUGUAAAGAUUGAAAUCAUUGAUAAAAACAACCACAGACCAAUAUUUUCUCAAGGUUCCUACAGAAAGUGUAUUUCAGAACAAUUCUCCGGAGGUACAUCAGUCUUACAAGUUAAUGCCACAGAUUCAGAUCAACCUAGAACACCAAACUCUGAAAUCACCUACACAAUUGUCUCUGGGGCAGAUGGCUUUUUUGCUAUUGAACCAAAUGGGGUUAUAAAGACCACCUUCCGAGCAAUAUUUGAUUAUGAAACUAAGCAAGUGUAUUACUUAACUAUUAUGGCAAAAGACAAUGGUUUACCUCCAUUGAAUGAUACUACACAGGUUACAAUUUGUAUUGAUGAUGUCAAUGAUGUACCUCCUUAUUUCAUUCCAUUUACAACCCAAGUAAAUGUCAAAGAAAAUGUCGCUGUCAACACAGAAAUUAUACAGUUGAAUGCCCCUGAUCCUGAUCAGACUGCAAAAGUACAGUUUUCAUUCACAGAACCAUCAAAUGCCAUUAACCCUAAUGGUUUGACUGUAACUAAGGCAGACUAUAAUUACACAAAUUUGUUUAGGUUGGAUCCGGACACUGGUAAAAUCUUCAUUGCUAAGGCAUUAAACCGAGACCGAGUAAGUUUGAUUACUCACACAGUACAAGCAGUUGAUACAGCUGCUGUGGAUCAGACAGGCACAGGUACCAUCAUUAUCAAUAUAUUAGAUGUGAACAAAAUACCACCAAGGUUCACUCAGCCAUGGACACCAUUUACACCUUUCUACAAUGUCACCCUGAAUGAGGAACAGUCAGUUGGUAGUUCAGUAAUAACACUGAAUGCUAUUGAUGAUGAUGGUUCAAUUGAAGGUUAUGAACUAGCAGAGACCAAGGGAUAUUUUGUUGCCAAUAAAGGUGUGGUAACUGUGAAUAAGCGAAUUGAUUUUGAAGCUAUUGAAGAGCUCUCAUUCUUGGCCUAUGCUUGGGAUAAUGUUGAACCCAAAAUGACUGCCACAGCCACUGUUUUUGUCACUAUUCAGAACAUAAAUGAUAAUAAUCCAUUAUUCAAGGCUCCAAUUUACAGUUUCUCUAUCGAAGAAAACUCCUUACCAGGUCAGAAAGUUGGAUUCGUAUCAGCCUCUGACGUAGACAAAGGAACAUAUGGAAAUGUACUUUAUACGAUUGAAGAUGCCACAAAAAGUUUUGGAAUAAAUACCUUCACGGGAGAAAUCACUGUGACGAAUUCCACUGCUUUAGAUCGUGAAAAAGUGGGAGAAAUUAUUGUACAAGUGACAGCUUAUGACAGUCCUGGUGAUCAAUCUGUUCGAAGAAACUCAACUGUACUUGUGUACAUCACAUUAAGAGACCAGAAUGAUAAUGCACCUAUAUUUGACAGGCCACCUUACUAUCAAAGAGUUGAAGAAGAUGUUGUUAUUGGCACCAGCAUCUUUGAAAUAUCAGCUAAAGAUAUAGAUACUGGACUUAAUGCCAUUGUCACAUAUAGGAAGUCUACAGGAGAUUCUGACAAUCUGUUCUCAGUGUCCCCCACUGGUGUCAUUGGUGUGAGACAAAGUCUACAGAAGAAAGCUGGAGUAUACAACUUCCAGGUUAUCGCAUAUAGUGGUAUUCUGACCAGUGUUGCCAAUGUAACGAUUGAAGUAGUCAAAGGUAUCAGUUCUCCCCCAAUGUGGAUAAUUCCAGUGACUAAUAAUGAAGUUAUUAAUGUUCUUGAGAGCCAAUACAAAGGAAUGUUUAUCUAUCAAGUGAGAGCAGAAAGUCCAGACACAGGACCAAAAGGUCGAAUAAAGUACAUGUUUCUUGCUAGUUCAUUAACUUCCCAGUCAACCAAUGAAUUCUAUAUCAAUCCUAUAACAGGUGUGAUUUCAGCACUCAGAAUUUUUGACCGAGAAGAAAAAGACACAUACACUUUGCAGGUAGUUGCACAAGACAGUAACACUGUUCCUCAAAACUCUGAACGUCGUUUAAUAAUUAAGAUUGUGGAUGUUAAUGACAAUAAGCCAGAAUUUCCUGUUUCUAAUGGCCGAGUUUUACCCUACAAUUUCCGAGUAAAGGAAGAUUCUCAACCCAUUUUCUAUAUUGGAAGUGUUCUUGCUAAGGAUAGAGACCUGAAUUCUAGCGUUUAUUAUCAAAUUCUGUCUGGGAAUUCCGAAAAUAUAUUCAGUUUGAACCAAAAUACUGGAGCCCUAGCACUGCAAAAUCCAGUUGACCGUGACAAUAUCAGUUCUUUUUCUUUGAAUAUAGAGGCAAUGGAUAGUCUUAUCAGCUAUGAUCUUCUAACCCCAAAUCAUAUAAGGAGACUGGAAAGGAAGUGGGCUGAUCUGAAUGUAGCCCAUAUUAAUAUAGAAAUUAUUGAUGUAAACGAUGAGGUGCCAAAGUUUUCACAGACAGAGUAUUAUGGAUGUAUUUCAGUUGAUGAUGGCCUCAUGAGAAGCAUCCUUACUGUGAAGGCCAUUGAUAAAGACCUUAACUCAAAUGAAUUAGAAUACUCAUUUGCCAAUCUUCGAACACAAGAUGGCUCAACUGUCAAGAAACAAAUAUUAACUAUUGGGAAGAAAAAUGGUAUCAUUCGGAACCAAGAAUCAAUGAAUCAAUAUAAAGAUACUGUGUUCCUCAUGGAUAUUAUAGCUAAUGAUACGGCAGCUAAAAAUGCAAGCGACACAGCCAAAGGACUGAUAUUUGUGACAGAAAAAAGUCAAGCAGUGAAAGUAGUUGUAACUCAACCAUCAACAGAUGUUCACUAUUUUGUACCACAAAUAAAAAAAUUACUUUCACAAAAGUCCGAUAACAGCUACAUUUGUAUAUCAGAAAUACGAGAGCACAUUCUACCCAAUGGAUUAAUGAAUACUCACUGGUCAGAUGUGUUUAUAUAUAUAAUUGGAAGUAAAGAUGGGAAAUAUACUGUGAAGGGAGCAGGGAGUGCAGUGUCUCAGCUAAACAAGGAGAAGUCAGAGGAUGAACCAACAUUCAGCGGGAUUUACAUACAGAAAAUAAAGGUUGCUCAGACAUCAGACGACUCAGAAGACAACUUUUCCUUACUGCUCAUCAUGGUUUUAGUGAUCCUGUUCGUCUUACUGGCCCUCCUCCUUUUUGGUAUUGCAUGUUGUUGUAUAGCUCAGUCGAAAAAGAAGACAAUUGAGAAAGUGACAUAUGCUCAGAAUUUGGCUGUGCCUCCUGAAAAGCCCAAUGAUUUUGUAACGACUUCAAUCUACCACAAUAAAGGUUUCCUUCCUGAAGAUGUUGGUGAUUCAAAUUUCAGAUCUGUUCCUGGACCAGCACAAAGUGAAAUGGUAAUUUAUUCUACAUCUGAAGGAAGAAAUCCUGGAUUUAAUGAUAGACUAUUUGAAGAGGAAGAUUUGAAGAAUAGCGGUGGAAAUAUCAAUGGUCAGCAUGAGGAAAUUGCUAUGGCUGGCCUUGGGAACAGUGGACUUAGUAGAAACAGUGGACGUAGCAGAAAGAGUUUGCACAGCAGAAACAAUAGCUUUGGUCAACAUGAUGAAAUGCUUGAAGGUGGAUUGGGCAACAACGGUGUCCCUCCCAUUAUAUUCACCUUUGAUGAGGUCCCCCCUGAUGGUAAUGCAAUAUCACAAGAAAACCUGCACAUGGCAUCUUUGGGUGGCAGUCAUGGCAGAGAACAUCCAGAUCAAUUCAUGUAUGAUACAGUUUCUCAACGCCCUGAAACCCCUGCACCUUAUUCUGAGAGGAAUAGUCGCAGGAGUGGACAAAAUGAACCUGCAUUUGAUUCUGCAUCUUAUGGAGGAGGUUCUGCUUAUGAUGGAGGAAUGCUCACACAAUAUCCUGGGAGUAACAGUGGGAGUGUUCAUCAAGAAAGACUCCACACACCUUACUCUAGGAGUAUGGGUGAUGUGAGUGAACCACAGGGAGAACUAGUUUCACCACAUUCUCAUGAUCGUAGUGGCAAAAGAUUUGCCCCUUAUGUUCAAGAAUACGCUCAUGGAAGUAGUAAUAAUCUGACACCCGAUCCAUACACCAAAUCAUUUGACUUCAAUGAUGAAACUGUAUCCUCUGAUCCAGAUGACAUGCCACUUUAUUCAGUUGUUAACAGGAAUCGUGAUCUAACCCCAAGUGAAGGCCCUCCAGAAUUUCCUGAUACCAUAGAUGAGCCUCAACCAAGCCCUUCAGAUGCAUUUUCAGAUCCAGAGCCUGUUAUUACAACGUCUGUAGCAGAUCCAGUUGAAGAACCACAAAUUGAAUGUGAAUUGGAACCUGAUAUUGAACCAGAGCCAUUCCAGAGACAGAAUUCAGAUUAUUUUCCUCCACCAACACCUGAAGAUGAACCUGUUAUUGUAACAGAACCAGAUCAAGCUAGAUAAUAUGGCAUUACUCUCUGGUUAAGCUUUCGUGAUAUUAGUCAUUCAUGUAACAAUGAUGAUGAUGAUCAUAAUAAUAAUAAUAAUAAUAAUAAUAAUAAUAAAAUAAUAAUAUAAUAAUCAGUAAACAAUUGUCACCUUAGUCUACUGGCUGUGGGCAGCUGACACUUUUCAUCAUACCCAGCGAAAUAAAAUAUUUUCAUGAUGUAAUAAUAAUAAUAAUUGUUUAAUUUCUUGUUCAAUUUUCUUCAUGGAACCUUGAGAUCAUCGAUUUAUGAAUCAUCAUCAUCAUCAUCAUUUAAUUUCCAUUUUCCAUGCUCACAUGUGUUGGAUUAUUUGAUGAGAGUUUGCAAGUCAGAAGGCUGUAUCAAGCUGUAUUGUCUGCCUUGGAGUGUUUUCUAGGGCUGGCUGCCCUUGCCCAAAGUGCCACGCAGUGGGACUGAACCUGGAACCAUGUGGUUGGUAAGCAAGCUACUUACCACACAGCCACUCCUGCAUACAUGCACACUGAGAUCAUACAUCCAGCAGAGUAUGUUGGCUUCAUUUCCUUCAUCCAUUCAAUAGUCCUCCGCAGUCGCAGCUCAUGUUUCACUAUCAUAUAGCUUAGUUAUUCAUACAAAAGUAUCACACUAUCUACCUUCCACUCUGAGGGAGAAGCUCUUUGUUACCAAAAUUGUAAUAGCUCACUGAAUUUUACCCACUUGGUUAUAUCCUAGCAAUUACACUUUCAGAGAAUCCUCCUUGAUAGUUAAUUUGGUUACCUAGGUAAUGAAAGCUAUCUACUACCUCUAAGGAUACCACUGUGUGUGUGUGUGUGUGUGUAUAUAUAUAUAUAUAUAUAUAUAUAGGUAUGUAUAUAUGUAUGUAUAAACAUGAAUGUUUGUAUCUAUGCCUUUUCUCUCCUUUAUCCAGUAAAAACUGCUUGGUGUCUAGCUUACUCUCACUAUUUUUCUUGUUGCUUGCUCCUGACAGUUAGAGGAUCUGAGGGAAAUAAUUAUUCAGGGAGUUGUAACACUUGUAUAAUUGGACAAGUGCAGGAGCCCUCAACCUGUAGACAAAUAUUCACACAAACCUUAUUCUUUUCGGAUGCUGAAAACUGUUUCCCAGCUCUUCGUAUCAAGUCUACAACUUUAGAGCAGCCACAAUCAAUGAAGGCUCAAUGAAAGACAGGUUGGGCGAAGCUGCUGAAAUGCUAGGAUGGAGGUGUGUAAACAUGUGCAGCAUGCAAGAAGUAAGAUGGAGGGGUGCCUCAGCCAAACUCUUCACAGAAAAGGAUCAAAGGUAUGAAUUCUUUUGGCAACAGUGACAGUGUUGGGGGUGCAGGUAUACUUUUGGAAGAGAAGUGAGCUGAUAAAGUGAUUGAGGUAGUCAGAGUAUGUGGUAGGGUAGUUAAGCUUAGAUUUUUUUGGAAAAUACAUCAACAUUAUUUCUGCAUAUGCUCUUUAAUCUGAUAAUGAGGGUGAUGUAUGUGCAUGCGUGUAUACUUAUAUGUAUAUAGUGUAAAAAUAAAGUAAAAGACGAAGACAGAAUUACAAA